GGGGAUAAGUAGUCAUCAGCAUGCAGUGGAGAGAACAACAGACCAGGAAGGCACAACCCUGAACACCAGCAUCAGGAGUGAGCGACCACAGACACCGGCAGCUGGCUCGGCUCUGCAGGAGAACACAGUAAUGGCUUGGUUCUGCUCCACUGUCCUUGGCUGCCCAGAUGGCGUGUUGGGGAGGGUCCCCGCCAUCCAGGAAGUCCAGGACAAUCUGAUGCACAUGGACAGCUUAACACUGUCCUCCUGCAACACUUCCUUUGCCUUCAGCCUCUACAAGGAGCUGGUUUUGAAGAAUCCGGAUAGAAAUAUUGUCUUCUCCCCAUUCAGCCUCUAUACUGCCUUGGCCUUCCUGUCCCUGGGAGCAAAGAGCAACACCCUGGAGGAGAUUCUACAAGGUCUCAAGUUCAAUCUCAAAGAGAUCCCUGAGCCUGACAUCCACCAGGGCUUUGGGCAACUCCGACAGGAGCUCAGCCAGCCUGGGGACCAGGUGCAGAUUAGGACAGGCAGUGUCAUGUUUAUUGAAAAGUUCCUGCAGAUCCUGGCAGAGUUCAAGGAGAAGGCAAGGGCUCUGUACCAGGCUGAGGCCUUCACAGCCGAUUUCCAGCAGCCUCAUGAGGCCAAAAAUCUCAUCAAUGACUAUGUGAGGAGACAGACCCAGGGUAAGAUCCAGAAACUGAUCUCAGACCUGGAGAAGGAGACAUGCAUGGUGCUGGCAAAUUACAUCUACUUGAAAGGCAAAUGGAAGAUGCCCUUUGACCCCCAUGACACUUUACAUUCUGAGUUUUACCUGGAUGAGAAGAGGUCUGUGAAGGUGCCCAUGAUGAGCAUUGAGCACCUGACCACACCCUACUUCCAGGAUGAGGAGCUGUCCUGCUCUGUAGUGGAGCUGAAGUACACAGGAAAUGCCAGUGCCCUGUUCAUCCUCCCUGACCAGGGCAGGAUGCAGCAGGUGGAAGCCAGCUUGCAAGCAGAGACCCUGAGGAAGUGGAAGGACUCUCUGAGGCCCAGGAUGAUAGAUAUGUUACACCUGCCCAAAUUCUCAGUCUCCACUGACUACAGCCUGAAGGCUAUCCUUUCAGAGCUGGGCAUCAGGGAAGUCUUCUCCACACAAGCUGAUCUGUCUGCAAUUACAGGAGUCAAGGAUCUGAGGGUCUCUCAGGUGGUCCACAAGGCUGUGCUGGAUGUGGCUGAGACAGGCACAGAAGCAGCUGCUGCCACUGGAGUCCAAUUAGUCCCAUUAUGUGCAAAAUACUACGAUAUGACAAUGCAUUUCAACAGACCAUUCCUGAUGGUUUUCUUUGACACUAACACUCAUAUUGCCCUCUUUAUGGCCAAAGAUACAAAUCCCAAGGGGCACUAG